GUUGCUCGUCAAGCAGGGGCCCCAAUGCCUCCAAUGCCUCCAAUGCCUCCAAUGCCAGGUGGUCCAGUUCCACCAACUUCCGGGAACCCUGAUAUGACGAAAAUGGCUGACCCGUCGACCUGGAUAAAUAAGGGAAAAGACAUGAUGUCCCAGAUAGGCAACGGAAGACGUCGCAGGAACGUUUAGAAAAUUGGGAACAAUCCUCAUCGUAGUAUUGUAAUUGAUGCGCGAGACUCAACGUUAAUGCGACGAACAAUUUCUCUCCUGGAUUUCCUCAACAGAUACGCGUCAUACUUGAGGAAGAUGAAACUGUAAAGAAAAAUGAAGUACAAAAGAAACAUUACUUUAUUACAACUUCUCGCAUCUACGCAUCGAUAAUUACAUUUAUAUAGUAUCUCUGUGGGAAUAAAUACGAUAUGAAAUGUGAAUGUGUACUCACAUUGGCUUAUUGUUAAUUAUUUCUGAGUUUCCUCGUUGAAUAAACUAGUGAAAUUUACCAAUUUUUUUUUUUGCACGAAGAUUUAACAUUUAUUGAUUAAUUAUAUAAAAUAGGCUAUUAAUAACAACAGUACCUUAAUAGGUGAAGUGUACGUAAUUCUGACCACGCUUGAAUUAAAUUAAAUGAUUAUACACCAAAACAGAUACCUUCAUUUCAAAUCUGUCUAGUUGAAAAAACCCGGCGUCAAGCCGGGCUAAUUUAUAAACGAGACGUAAAAAACAAACGGUUAAUAAUAACACCAACAGCAACUGUAAUAACAAUAGCAAGAUUGAAGCAAAAAUAGAGAGCCAAUCAAGUCCCAGACGUUUAAUUUUUUUUUAAUUUCUUACAGUAACCAGUCUUACUUUGGUUUGCAAAAAAAAAGGACAAAAAAAUAUGCCGUGGGGUUUCUAAUUUACCCACUUUCUCUUUAUUCAUGCAGUUGGCGUGAAAAUCUGUCUACACGACUGUAAAAACAAACAAAAAAAAAAAUGCCGCAAACACCUUAGUAGUUUAUUAUUAUAGCAAUAAUUAAUUGACCAUUGAGGGCUGUAGCGAGUAUUAAACUGUUCUCUACGGACGUAAUUUUAUCGUUCUGAUUUAUCAGUGAGGUCAGAUCGGACUCGAUAUCCGCGGUUUUAUCUAGUGGACGAUAAAGAUUGCUUAUCCGAAUCGAUCUGAAUUCUGACGAGGAGAUAAUCAAAGCGCUGCUCACGCUGCUCGCGAAUCACAAAUAUUCGCCUGACAUCCGCUGACGGAGAAAUAACAAUAAAUAAAUGAAUAUACGUAAGACAAAAGUGAGCAACAAGUGUUUCAAUUUGGACAAUUUUUCGUGAAUUCGAACCUGGAAAGUUUUAAAGUUAUUCGGUUUCGAUAAAGUGUAUGCGAGCAACUAAGAAUAUGGAUCGAAUUCUGGAGAGUGAAUCCGUCAAGGAGCUGAACGAACUUCUCCUGGGCAAUCCGAAUGUGAAACUCCGGGACCGAAUCCUCCUGUCGCCUUACACGAAAUUCCUCCUGCCUUCGCUGGUUAUAGCGUUUGUCCUCCCCGUCACCGUAUACGCAAUAAUGGUGAGCGGAUAUGUGGUGGAUUCUUCGUUCAGCCUAGCCACGUGCAAUAUAAGAACGGAGUAUUACGUUGAUUGUCUACCGGGAAAAUCGAGCCCGACGGAAUCGGAUUGCAUGGAAGUAUUGUGCUGCUGGAACGACACUCUGGGCUUCUGCUACCAUUACGUACCCGCACAACACGGCUACACUCCCUCCGGUGGUGUUUACUAUCAGGGAGUGACCUUGGUCCCCAGGGAAACCAACAGCCCACUGGGAAGCGCGAACGCUGAAGAAGUCUUCGUGAACAUAAGUGCAGUCGACAGCAAUCACGUCGAGAUAACCUUAUCAACGAGCUCGCAGAGUUCGAGCAACAGUAGAAGACGUAGGGGCGUCGAACCUCUCCUUCAUCGGUGGUCAGGAAGCGGGGACGAGGUCAAUGGCGAGGAGGACGAACUCUCGAGAAACCUGCUGAGCUUUUUACCCAGGGAUCGGAGGCGAAGAACCGUCGAGGUCCAAUUAGACGAAUCGUCAAAUCUUACUGCCUACGUUCAUUACCCCGAGUUCUCCGUCACCGUUGCCAGGGGUGAUUUCACCCUUAACGAAACCAGCUCUAUUUUCUCCACUGCCUUGGGCCCCCUUAUUCUGACAGAAACUUACUGGGAGUGGACUCUCUACCUGAGCAAUGGCGCUCUUUAUGGCCUUGAUGACCUAGAACUGAAUGGGACCACUAAUUCGAUCUAUAAUAACGAAAAUGGAUCAAUUACUCCCGCCUUUCUAGCCAUCAACCCCACGGGGGAAGCCGCUGCCUAUUACGUUGAUUAUAAAGGACCCAUGGAAAUCCAGGUCUUGAACAAAACAAACCUGGUGAUCCUGCGCGGUCUGGCCCUCCCGGAGAGUUUGGGAGUUCACGUCUUCGCUGGACCGACGCCGCUGGAAGCGGUGCAGCAGCUGACUUCAAGCCUGUCCUCGAAUUCCUCAUGGAGUAUGCCACCGUUAUACAACUACGGUCUCCACGUCUGUCCAACCGAGACGUUGAGCUCAGUUGUGGACGCUGUUUCGAACUUGAACGAGACCAUCGAGGUCCUGGCGUCGGCUGGAGCCCCUUGGGACUCUCACUGCAUUCACGAGCAGCUGGUAUCAACCAUGAACAGUCUCCUAGCCUCGAGCGACUUCGACGCCAUCAGCGAGGCAACAAGUCUUCUGGAAGCCGAAGGACGCAACUUCAAUCCACACUUGAGUCCGAUGGUCCUGGCUGACGAAGGGACGCUCCACUCAGCGCUGGAGGACGCAGCUCUGCUCUUGACGAACGGGACCACUAGUUACCUGGGUCAGUACCAGGACGCGAGUGUGGUGUACCCGGACUGGACGAGCGACGAAGUGGCGACCAUAACGGCCACCUACUUGGUGGACUACUUGAACAACACCGGAUCACCGGGAACACUCUGGCUGCGGGACACCUGGCCAAAGGACGAGACGAACACGAGCUCAAGAACGGAAGCGGAAUUCACGUCCUUCGAUUACAUGCCGGAAGCGAUUGAAUAUUCCAUGAAUAAUUUCACCGUCCCAUUCGACCUUGAAACUGUUGACGGUUUUUCACACUACGCCACUCACAACGGCUACUCCGAAGGCUUUCGUACCUUCGUCAAGUCAUCGGUACCCACCAUAGAGUUUCUCGGACCCCCGGGCGAGGCUGCAAACACCUCUUGGUCUGGCCUCAGGAGGGCCGUUAGAUCCGCCAUUGGAGCCGGGUUAGGAGGGCAUUUGCCACCUCCCGUGUAUGUCUGUGGUACCGAACCCUUUAAUGCUACCCUUCACGAUCAGUUGUGCAUCAGGUGGUACCAGGCGGCCAUUGCUUGGCCCCACGUCCUUGUCGUUCCCGACAGAUUGCCAGGGGGCUCCUACCUCUCUGCCAGCGCUUCUCUGAACGUGGUCAAGGCACUUAGGAUUAGGGCGUCGUUGGCGACCUAUCAGCACACUGUGGUGGCCAGUCACUUCCAGCGCAGUUCUCCCGUCCUUGUACCAACAUCGUUUUACUUUCCGGAGGACACGAGUACCACGCACAAGUGGGACCAGUUCAUGUGGGGCGAGGCGUUACUUGUCGGUCUGGUCACCCUUCCAGGUGUCUCACAAGUCUCAAUGAGGCUACCAGGCGAUGUUUCUUGGAGGCAUUUGCUUGGCGGCGCCGAAGCCGCGUCGGUCACCAAUGGUACCGUACCCAUUACCGCCACCAUGGGAGACCUGAUCAUCCUCGUUCGACCUGGAUACAUAGUCGCCAUCCACGAGGACGUGAGCAACACGACGUCGGUUACCAUGGCGAGCAACGUCACACUUGCGGUGAAUUUGGAAUGUGCAAACGAGGAUUGUUCAGCCAGCGGUGAGAUUUGGUACGGAGUGGACGACGGCGAGUACUUGAGUCUUGGAGUGAAUAGCACUCAUCUCGUGCUUGGGAACGUCAACGGUGUUCAAAACUACGCCUGUAAUGCAGACGACAAUUCGACAACGGUACAGUCUACGUUCAUAGAAACUGUGCAGCUACUUGGAAACUCGUCGUACCAAGUUCAGACGGAAUUAUGCGACCUUCAGGACAACGAGUUCUCAAUUAGUCUUGUGUAAUCAGCGCGUCAGCUUCUUAUUAAUGUACGUGUCUAACUUUAUAACGCGUUUGUGUUAAUGAGCUGCCGCAUCGUCUAAUCCAUGACGUUUAUAAGUGUUGAAAUGUAUAACAACAUGGUUGUUGGAAAUUAAUUUCAGGAGAUUUGUCAGGCAAUUCAACAUUCACGUCCGAGAUAAUCUCUCAUACGUGAAAAUUGAACAAACAAUUUUUAAUGCCUUUUUCGAAUUCAAAUAUAAUAUGGUCAAUCUAGCCCUAGGAAACUGUUUAAAAAUAAACUUUUUCUACUUGAA